AGUGGUGAUGAUGAUAAUGUUGAUGGUGACAGCAUUGGUGAUGAUAAUGAUGCACCUCUCCUUACAAAGACCCAGAGGAUUACGUUAAUUUGUAAAUAAUACAUAAAAGUGUUUAAGAAAAAUGAACUUGCCAAUAGAAAUGUAACGCAAUGUGGGUUUGUUUUUUUACUUUCGAUUUUUUUUUUCUUUUUUAGCGAUGCCAGUUACGCCGAAAGGCUACAAGAAGCAUCACGGCCAAGGUCACCAAGUGUUUGCUUGCUCCUACGAUGGUAUAAAAGGGCAGGCAGCUAAGAGCACUGCACUAGUUCCAUUCUACUCGCACUCACUCAACAUGAAGUUCCUGAUCAUCGCUUGUGUCGCCGCCGUGGCCGUCGCCGCCCCUCAGUACAGCUAUGAUGCUCCUCGUGCUGCGUCCAGUGAGGAGCGCGAGUUCGUGCCAAUCCUCAAGGACGACCGCGUCCACGAGGAAGACGGAACUUACAACUUCGACUUCGAAGCUGCCAACGGCAUCAGCUUCUCCCAGGCUGGAUCCCCCGACGGUGAUGACGACGCAGUGAUCAAGGCUGGAGAAUACUCGUACACUGCUCCUGACGGCACUGAAAUCCAUCUCCGCUUUGUGGCUGACGAGAACGGCUUCCAACCCCAGGGCGCUCACCUCCCAGUGGCUCCUGAGUUCCCUCACCCAAUCCCUCAGUUCGUCCUCGACCAGAUCGCAAAGGCCGCCGAGGAGGACCGCAACCGCCGCGACGACUCCGACGAAGUUGCCGCUCCUUCCAGACUGUAUGGCCGACCCAACUAAAUACCAAUGCAAAUGAUGUAUUUAUGCGAUAACUGAUAUAAUAUUUUACAUAAAA